CCGCAUGACGCUAAUCUGCCAGUCUGCCAGGAAACAGGCAAUGCUUAACUCGCCUGCCGCCAGACAAGGUGCUCACAUGCUAAGGGAGCUAGCGGCAACGGCUGGUCCUGCACGCGUCCGGAAACUGUACACAGUAACACAGUAGUCGACUUACUGCCUGUGCCUGGCUGGGCUUGGGCCCCCUUUUGAACUUUUGGAUAUCUUGUUGUCUUGUGAACUAUCUAGAUCUCAGUCUCCAAUCCCCAAUCCCCAAUCCCCAUUCGAGACCCGAGUCUAUAGACCACGAUCGACCCACGACAACCCACUCUCCGCCCUCUCGAUUCCCCAUCGCAGCACCCUGCCUCAUUGGGGCCAUGCUUCGUUAGCUCAGCUGCCACCUUUCUUUCCUCGUCCCCGACACAGCAAGCUCUCGAGCAAGGUCAGCACAGCAGCCCAGGCCUGCGCCCACCGCCAUCAUGGCUGUUGCCCGCCCCGUCAGAGUCCUCGGGCUCGCGGCCGUCAUGAUGUGGUGCUUCUUCCUUUAUCAGGUCUUCAAGCCAGGGGUUUCCAUACCAUUGUCCUCGCCCAUCCCAAAAAACGAAAAGGAACCAUUACUAGACCCAACCGGCGAACCAGCAGGUGUCCUCCGUCGCGCCGGCCCCGGCUACGCACCAGAUGCCAAGGAACCCGCCCGUAUCAAUGCCACCCUGCUGGCCCUCGUACGAAAUGAGGAGUUGGGCGGCAUGUUACAAGCCAUGAAGGACCUCGAGCGCACGUGGAACCACAAGUUCAACUAUCCUUGGACCUUCUUCAACGACAAGCCCUUCACCGAGGAGUUCAAGAAGCGCACGCGCGAGGUUACCAACGCAGAGACUCACUAUGAGGUCAUCCCCAAGGAGCACUGGGACGUGCCGUCCUGGAUCAACAUGGACCUCUUCGACGAGUCCGUCAAGAUCCUCGAGGAGAACGACAUCCAAUACGCCGGCAUGAUGUCCUACCAUCAGAUGUGUCGCUGGAACAGCGGCCUCUUCUACAAGCACCCCGCGCUGGCCAACACCAGGUACUACUGGCGUGUCGAGCCCAAGGUGCACUUCUUCUGCGACAUCGACUACGACGUGUUUGCCUACAUGCAGGACAACAACAAGACCUACGGCUUCACCAUCAACCUCUACGAUGCCCCUGCCUCCAUCCCGACCCUGUGGCCCGAGACCAACAAGUUCCUCGCCGACCACCCCGAGUACAUGCACGAGAACAACGCCUUGAACUGGGUAGUGGACAAGUCUAGGCGGCCAGACCACAACGACAAGGCCAACGGCUACUCGACGUGUCACUUCUGGAGCAACUUUGAGAUUGCUGACAUGGAGUUCUGGAGGAGCCAGGCGUACGAGGACUACUUCAACCACCUUGACCGUGCCGGCGGCUUCUUUUAUGAGCGGUGGGGAGAUGCACCGGUACACAGCAUCGCACUUGGCCUGUUCGAAGACAGGAACCGGAUUCAUUGGUUCCGCGACAUUGGAUACCAGCACAUCCCCUUCUUCAACUGCCCCAACUCGCCGAAAUGCAAGGGCUGUGUGACGGGCCGGUUCACGGACGGAGAGGCGUGGCUGAACAAGGAGGACUGCCGGCCGAACUGGUUCAAGUUCGCGCACAUGGACUAGACGGGGAGGGGGGCCACAGACGAGAGAUGAGAGAUACCAAGCCGAGGAAGGCACAAAUGGGGUCAUGAUGAUUUCAAAAUGGAGCGUGGAACGGGACCGGGUACUUUUCUUUUGCUUAUGAGCACUUAUAUCCUUUCCUGGCAACCACAACAAGCUUGGUGGAUGGAUAUCUGCGUUGCGUCUGUCACAGCAUUUCAUGGGCAGGAGGUGUUUGGCGCCAGGCUAUCAGGUGGGCAUUUGUAUGUCCGCAGUAAGGUCGAUUCCGGAGGGGCACAGGGCUCAUAUAGAGAGACGGACAGCACCCAGCUCAGCUUUGGAUGGCAGGAGCUGAAGUGGAAGGGCGAGCCAUGGGGCCCACUGCUGGAUUGCGUGUUGGCGUCUUGGUCCGUCAAAAGCCACAGUGAUGAUAAUGUACCGUGUAAAUUCAGUCAGGUCACCAUCGUGUGCUUCAUCGUA